UUCAAAUUUAAAUUUACAUUUGUAUCAGGGGUAGUCAUACCGCACUGGUAUGUGUACCGGGGGGUGUGAGUGACCACUUUAAAUUAAACUGAAAAGAGCUAGCAAAAAGCUGAAAUGUAAGAGUUCCCGUACUUUUGUUCAGACCAGGUGUCCAAAAAAGCUGAAAUUCAGGGUCAACAUCUAAACAAAAAAUCCUGAAAUCAGCUAAAAAGCUGAAUUCUUACACCCCUGGUGUACAAUCAGUUAUGAAACUGAAUAACUUUGAAGUGAAACAUAGAUACGUGUACAUGUAACUGAUUUUGUUUGAUUAUGGAGGAAUGCUGGUCUGACUAUGAUAAUAAUAAUAGUAAUAGCAAGAUUUAUAUAGCGCCAUUCCAUCUAGAUCAUGGCGCUGCGCAACACAUGAUAAUGAAACUAUACUGGAAUAAGAUGCUUUAUCUUCUUUGAACAAGGGGUAACCCUUUCUCUCAGGUGCCUGUUUAUGUAUUCAACCACCAAAACUGGUAAGAAUGUUACAUUUUCUGGCUGUGAUGUGCUCCUCAAAAUGACUCCUCAUUAUGUACCAGAUCUUGAGGCUGCAGAGGUAAUUUUUGACAACAAACCUAAGAAGUUUUAAAAACAAGUUAAACAAAAUCGAAGAGGUGUCCGAACGAUUACUGAAAAAUGUUUGAGCUGGAUAGGUACUGUGGACAUUUUGGUCAUGAUGUGCAUGAACAAAUUCAUGAAUCAAUCAGAUCCAUGAUGCAUGAAAUGUCACUGUCUUUUUGAAAUUUUCAACAUAACUAUGAAAAGACUAAACUGUUUGAUGUAAGUUAGAUGAAGUAUGCAUUUGCAAACUUUCCUCGCAUGAAAUAUACAGUUUGACAGAGUUUCAUAAGUUCCAUACUAUACAUGUACUGUACUGAAGAGAUAAGUAUGCAGAUGUUGAAAAAUUUUCGUGGUCAAAGCCCAGGCUUUCCCUGUGAAAUGUGAAACAAGCUAUAGGAAUCAUGCUAUAUACUGAACAGCUUGAACAGCUUUUGAAAUAAUACUGUCACAUUAGCACCGGGUAGUCUUUCACAAAUUAAUCUUGAUUUUGCAUUGUGUACUGAGAUGGGGCUGGAUAAUAAUCUUCAGCCACGUUGCUUUCUAACCCAUCAACCAGGAAGUUACAGGAUUAUCAUCAAAACCGACUGCAUAGAGGGUGGGAUUUGAACUGGAAAAAGUACAAUACACAUGCACGCUAUGUAGCACAGCUAGUGAUAGCCUUGAAGAUCAUUGUUUUCCUUGUGUGAGUGUAGUAAUUCUCGAGUUUACUGCCUCAUAUCCUUCCUUUGCCUGAAACUUUUCCUGAGGUCAACCACUGUUAAACAAGUAGCUUUUCAGCCAAGUGAACAUGAAAUACGUGUGUAAUUGUUCAGAGCAUGGACAUUGGAAAUCAUCAGUGCGAAUGUUAAUUUUGUUCAGUAAGUAAUCAAAUGUAAACAAUACUAAUGGUAUGUAGCCACAUAAAAUGGAUUUGCAUAGUCUUCAGUGGAUAAAGGUGAUAAUUUGUAUCUCUGGCAUUGUGACAAAGCAGUUUCUUGAAGAACCAGUUGUGUUCAAUGUUGCAUCAAAUUACCUUGGAGAUUGGCAUUGUUGACUACCCACACACAGACUGGGUGGACCCCCUGACUGUCAGAAACGUGAUUGGCCUUCUACUGAACUCUAAACUUUUUCUAGUCCACUCACUGUUCCUUUUUAUAUGGUAAUUGUGUUUCGGUACAUGAUAUGAAAUGUUCAGUAAUUAAUGUGAGGUUACCUCUUAAAAUUACAUGUCAUUGUAUGUGUUUAUAUACAUUUUGCAUAAUUGAUUGAAUUAGAAAGACAAUAAUGUAGGGGAAGUAGAAAUUUUGAAUUCCUGUAAACAUACAAGUACAUAGAUGUACAUGUACAUGUGUACAUGUACAUGUACGGUAUUGCAUUGCACCAGUACCAUAUUGAGGAACCGAACCAUAUGGUGGACAACACAGGGAAGUGAUUAUUGAAUCAAGUACAUACAUUACAGUAGACACAUUUAUGUUUUGUUCAGCUAGUACCUUUAAACUAUGCACAGAGACUUCCUACAUGGCUUGUUUCCUGAAGGUGUAUUCAUGGACACUUUACUUCAUGGUCCCUGUUGUGUGUCACAUUAUAAUCAUGCAUUAUUAAGAGCUUGUAGGAAAGAAUGAAACAGCUGACAAACAGCUGUGGCGAUAUGUAGAGUCUGCAGUUCAGAGAAAAGGGUGUGGGAUAUGUUUGGGAGCUCAGUACCAGGUUGGUGCAUGGCACAAGUACAUAGAUGGACCUUUCCCUUGAAAUAUGCAAAUAAGGCAGGUGCAUGGCAUUACUACCACUGGUUGGCAGAGUUGGUUAUUGUACAUCUAUGACAGAACAAUACAAAUCUCCAUGUGGGCGCAACUAUGAGCACAUACACACCGUUUCUGUACUAGCAGAAUGUGAGUGCCAAACUUAAAGACAAGGAAUGUUACUUUCCAACCUCAGGACACUAAAAACUUCACUUAGUUUUGAGAAAAGCAUGCUGAAGUAUCGGACAAAGGCUGUAAUUCAAUUUCGAUUGACCUUCAAUGGGCCAGGUUAUGGUUACAGCAGCUCUCCUAUACUGCUGACCUGUUGACGGCUGUGCUUGCCAACCAGUGGUACAUGUACAGUAGUGCGCAUGCACAUAUCUAAUUUCCAUAUUUCAUGGGAAAGGUUCAUUGUUCAUGUACAUGAAUGGUACAUGAUUAUGCGACCGUUGACCCUGGAUAUAUAAAGUGUGAAAUAAAUCUCCUUUCAUCGGAAAUCAAGUUUCAACAAUCCUUCAAUCCAUUUGGAAGAAAAUGCAUAAAUUCCCCUGACAGCAAUUUUUUGGGCAAAACUUGGCUCCGUGAAGCUGUGUAUACAUGUACAAUGUAUUUGCUCAUCAGCAGCCCCAUAAAUUGGCCCCUGGCACAGUCGUAUGUUAGAAGCCUGGAUAUAUGCGUACUUGGCCUAUAUGCCAUGGCAUAAUACAUGUACAUGUAUCUGUAGAUUGUUGGUACAUUAGAUCACAGAGAUCAGUGCGGUAUGGUUAGUUAAAACUUGGAUUAAGUGCAUGAUGAGGAAUCAUGGAAACUAGCUGGAUUCCAGGCUACAGGGUUUCCUGGUACUAGGGUAUUAGUUGAGUCAUAACCUCUGUAAGGUGGUAUUGUUAACAUGCAUAAUGCACCCCUUACUGUGUAUAAUGUCAUGAGGAGGGUCUGUCCAAGAUCACAUGUACAGGAUGUUGUCAAUGUACAUGCUGUGUGAUGAAGAGCUGGUGAUCUAAUUUGCAUACACUGGCAUCGACAUGCCAAUGUAUCAAUAAGCAACCUAGAUUCUAGUGACCCCAACCAUGCAGCCCCAACUUUGUUCACCAUAUUUACAUGUACAGUACAUGUACAUAUGCAGUAACUGACAUGUGUAUACAUGUACACUUGUACAUGUAUACACCUAGCUGGCAACCAGCCUUGUGUUCGUAUGCGUGGGCUAAGGUUUUGUACUGGUACCUGCAACUGCCAAAGAGUUGUGAAGCAACGAACACAAGCACAAGCAUUGGUUUCAUCACAUCAGACAUAAGCCUCUUUGUGGCCUUAUCACUGAUUAAACCUCUGUACCUGGAACAAGUACACCAAGUCAGUCUCAUAGGGACUUGGCUGCUGUGUUAGAGGUCAGGGGUACGUUGUAGCAACCCUUGACAUGGAAUGGAGUGCGUGGUCACCCAUCCAUGUCAGAAAUACUCAUCUUCACCCUGAAAGCCUCCAAAAAUUUACCCAAGUAGAAGAGUAAGAAGCAGUGUACAGACUGUCCCAGAAGCCAGGCCCAUUCCUGCCAUCAGCAGUAGAGAGUUCCGACACAUUUGUCUGUUGCAGUCAUGGAUUUGUCAUUCAAUGACUUCAGUGGUGCUGGGUCAAGUUCAGACCGUGCCCUCUACUCACCAGACUUGACCAGCUUCUCCUCCAGUCCACAGUCAGCAUUUAUGUAUGAACAGGAUGAGAGACUGGAGCGGGGCAAAACCAGAGAUAGCAUCUUUGAGUUUCCCCGACCUACGGAAAUCAGUGAUUUGGGAGGUGAGCUCAACAACAGCUUUUGGAGUGAGGGGUCAUUGCUGGAAACAUCAUUGGGAGACAGCGGCAAGGCAUCCUUGUGGGACUUCUCUGGGUUCGAUGACAUCUCUAGUCCACUACAACAUCCAGAGGAUGACUUGAGUUACUCACCAACCCUAGCAGAGCUCAACAAUGAUGAUUCACAGAGUUUUGAUGCCAUGUUGAGCUCGCAUAAUGCUUGCAUUGCGUCUGGCCUCCAUAAGAAGAAGUGUGAGGCACAUGGAGACUUAACUGGUAACCCUGUCAAGGCAGAAUGCAGUAUGGCUGGACCUGCUGCAGAUGUCAUGCCGGAUACUGGGAGAGAUUCAAAUAGAGUCUCAUUAGUUCCUGAACCUCUUAGUGGUUUGGAUUGCCCACCCAUCAAAUCACACUCUGCUCCUCUGUCAAGUAAGCUUGGAGCUCGACCUCUGAGAGACAAGUCAACAAGAAGCACUGAUAGACUCAGCUUCAAGACAUCGCUGGCUUCACACCAUUACCCCCAUCCAAGCAAGCUGUCCAGAAAGACAAGCAAUCUCCUAGGGAGUCAUCCUGGCAUUUUAGACCAGAAGACACGUAAAGUGGGUCAGAUGUGGCAAGAGGUACAAUCUUUAAGUCACGAGGUGGAAAUGGACACACAUGCAAGUGUUAAGACUGAGAUGGUUGGCAAAAGCAAUGCUUUACUUGAAAGGAAGAGACUUGCUGUCAAGGAUGAGUUUGACUCCUCAAGGGUAUUCACCAGUGGAUCUACAGAUGGGUACGACUCACAUGAUGAAGGUCUUGGUAGCGAACAUGAAGACCAAGAAGACGAAGAUAAUGAUGACACCAUGCAGGAAGGGGAGGGGCUUAGUGAUGUGGAGGAGGAGGAGGAAGAGGAUGAUGCAUGCAGUGACAUGUCCGAAGAUCAUGGUGUGGCAACCACUUCCCAAAUCAGCCAGGACCUAUUUCCUCCAAAGGUCAAGUCUCGUCGGAGUGAAUACGAUGACCUAACCCCUAACCCCAAGAAACUCUUGUUGAUUGGUAAUGAGCUGCAUAAACUGAACAAAGUCAUCAGUGGUAUGUUGCCGGUCAGUUCUUUGCCUCCAAGUGCCCGGAAUCGAUCCAGGAAAGAAAAGAACAAACUAGCAUCAAGAGCUUGUCGUCUAAAGAAGAAAGCCCAACAUGAGGCUAACAAAGUGAAGCUGUACGGCCUAGAGAAAGAAUAUGAUCGCUUGAUGCAGGUGAUCACCGCUAUAAGGAGUGAGGUCCUAAUCUACCUGAACCAACAACCUAUGGAAUCACCCUGUCUCUCUGAAAAGCUCAACACUCUUAUCACAAAUAUUCUUGGUCAGAGGGUAGCAAGUCACACCCAGGAGUAUGUAAGUAGCGUCUUAGAGAAGACAGCCAAUGGUAGUAAGAUGACUGGAGGAUUGAACUUCCUGACCAAUCAUGAUUGAGAUGACAUGGACUCAGGAGAAUAUCAAAGAGUGACAAGCAAAAGUCUUCAAGCAUUCUGAAGAUCUUGUGGUUGACAAGUCAAGUGGUAUGGAGCCUUAUUUUUAAAUUAUUGAAUAGUUGCAGUUGUGGCAAUAGGUGCUACAACCUCUUAAUAUCAAAUUACCCCACCCCCCAAAAAAAACCCAAACCAAAAUGCCACUGCCUUCCCUCUUUGCAAUGAAUGCUUCAUUUUCCCAACUUUUCACACAAAAAAGAACCAUCUUACAAAGAAAAGUGAAGUUCUGCUUGAAAAAAAUGCUUACAACUGAGACUGAUCAAAAACCCGUGCACUGUGUGUGUGUGUUAAUAGUCUCUGCACUCAUGUCAGAGCAGCCCGGUGUCUUUUUCUCAAGCACCCAGCUGAUUAGUUCAGUGUUUAUAUAUAUAUAUAUAUAUAUAUAUAUAUAUCAUUACUUUUUAGCCUAUUUACUCAAGCAUGACCCUGCAAUAAUUAAAGCUAUGUAAAAUGUAUAGUGCAUUUCUUUAACCGAUUGUUAAAAUAUGGAGUAAAGUAUGCCCAAUCAUGUAUAUGUUGUACAGUGGUUACCUAAAGACCCCCCAAAAGCACUUAUGAAUAGGAAUAGAACACAACGUUUUGGGGGAGGGGUUAAACUAUGUAAUCAAGCGAGAAUAUCAUUCAACCUGAUACUGCAUGUGUUAUUCGACUGGUAUGUUGUUUUGCUGAAUCCAAACUUUCUCCUUAGUGGAGUAAUUCUCCACACACUGUCAAUAGCUUUUGCAAGUUUUUGCCUUCACAUUUGAUAUUUUUCUCUUUCUCACAAAAUACAUUAUCUGAGAAAACUGGUGUCGUGUUGUAAAUAUGUAAAUAAUGACAAAGCUGUACUUAUAGAGGAUAAAAAGCUAAUAUAUAAGGAAUGUUGUAUAAAGAUAUGCGAAAAAAGUUGUUUGGAUGUAUACAUAUUAAUGUAGGAAACAGGCCUGAUGAUGUAAAUCGGAAAAAUGUCUAGAAAAAUGAAUGCCUUAUGGUUGUUACUGAAUAUAUCGGCAAUCUGUGUAGCUGAGACGCAGAGAUAACAAGCUAUUCUUGCUGAGAAUGACAUGGAGAUAUGGUAGACUAGAUUGCAGAGUAUGAACCAAGUUUGUUGUAAAUGUUCACACUGUUUGGAAAUUCAGAUAUUACACACAUUUAAAGUCAUUUUAUAUUCAUUGCAAGUCUCAAAAACUGUUCACAUUUCAUCCUUUUUCCUAGAUGUGUAAUUCUUGUGGUGGUUUGAAAGUCUUACGUAGAUGAAACAACAGGUAAUUGAAAUUCUAAAAAAUAAAAAUAAAAAACGAACAAACAAAUUACAGGGUUUGCAAACUUAAAUGAUUCAUGAAAAAUGGAAUUUUUCCCCACGUAUUCAGAAUAAGACAUUCCCAUGGAAUUUAAAGACUUCAGUACUGGGUGCAAAUGCAGGAAUGGAUUUGUUUUGAAGCAUCAUGCUCCAAGAAACAAUGCUUGAACUUAAUGUGGUUUAAAGUGCCUCAAAUUUUCUGUAUUAAAAAAAUCUUUAAGUGUUAAACUUUAAUGGAUAGAAAUAGUUUCUUCUAUAUAUAUUAUGUAAAUUGAACGUAGUGGUUGACCAAUCAAAUUCAUUUAUUUAUUUAGGUUAUUACUUUUUUUUUAAAAACUUUGAAGCCACUGUGUCGGUGUGGUGUCAUGGUCUUUAAAUUCAAAUAAGUCAGUUACAAAUGUCAGAAAAUAUUUAUCACUGUACAGGUCCUGUUUUUGUAAGCAAGAAGCAAGUUUUAUUUUUGAGCGGAAUCUGCAAUAGAUGUAAUUCUUUGACGUGUACAGAUACAGUAUUUCAAUAACCCUGAUUGUUUGUGUGUGCACUUGAUAUUGGCCUUCCAACCUAUGUAUCAUAUAUGCCUCCUGUGGCUCAUACAGCAUAACUGUUACAAAUGUACAUAUAAUGUGUAAAAAACAUAAACCGAAAAGAGUUGUAAGGAGAGUUACAUGUAAUUAAGACUACUGAUUUUGACAUUGAGGAAAGGGUUUUGCCAGUUUAAGAUUACAAACUUUUGAGUCUGAAGGUUUUUUGACUUUAAUAUUUUUGAAUCUCAAGUCUGUCAAGAUUGUUAAGACUGAUCAAUCAAGAAAUAUAUGACUGAUUUAUUUAUGGGGUAUUGUUGAUAGAAUAAACAAUCCAGUGUGUGACUCCUUCCUAAAAGGUAUUUCUCCAUCACUGUUCCGCAUCUUUCACGUUCACAUGAGUAAUAUUCUAGACAACCUGCUGAAACUGGUAGUCUUUUUGGUUGAGAAAAGAUGCAUUCUCUUAAUAGUUAUGUGGUUUAUUUUAUGUAAAGAUCUGUUAUGACAAUAGAAAAUUUCGUGUUUGUGCAUUCCAGAUGCAUGCUAUUCUAAUAACACAGAAAUAUAUAAAUCAGAAAUGGGAUCAUUGGGUGUUUGAAGGAACAACUUUUUGUUCUGCCUUUUUGUUGUUACUAUAUUUAAACUAUAUAUAAGUAUAAAUAUAUUAAAACACAUUAGCUCAGGACAGGGGGUGAUAGAUUGAAAGAAGUAACUAUUGCACGUGUAGUGAAAAAAAAUCUUCGAAGCUUUGAGGCUUGUUGUAAUAUAGACAUCCUGUGUUGUUGAAAUUACUUAAAGAUGAACGACUUUUCAGUUUUUUCAAUGUAAUUAAGCGUCAGUACGGUGUAAAAAAUCAAUAUAUCUGCACUCAUUUCAAAGGAAGUAUUUUUGUACUGAUAUGCAAAGGAGAUAAUAAAAUGCACUUCAAAUGCAAAUAUUUUUUAAAUCAAAGCUUGUGCGGUAUAUGUUCAUUCAUUUUUCUUUUCUCUUAAUUUUUUUCAUUAUUUCUGUUCAAGCAAAGUGGCACAAAAAGAUCAACCUGGGCAGCAGUGUGUGAUAUAUUUGUAUUUUUGCACUGAACUGACCUAUAAAUACAUUAAACAUACAAACUUGAUUUUGACAUCAAGAUAUAUGUAUGUAAACUUAUGUGAAAAACUAAAUGUUACUGAAUAAACUUUCUGUUAACUAUCAA